AAAGGUGAAGGCCAGAAUCAAACUAAGGCCGUAAAUACAGUAACAUAAACACAAAGCAGAGGUGAUCAUUACGGUAAUCAAAUUUGACAGCACUGUACAGUCAAGUUCCUCUCUUUAAGCACCCAACAAGGUAAGCAAUGAAGCAAAAGACUGCUGGCAAGCCAUAGAAAGGAAAAAUGAAUUUUUUAAUGAAAACUAAUGUUUAGUCUGAGCAUCAAUGCGGUGUUAGUUGGAUUGGCUCAUGCCUUUGGUGUGCUUCUAAGUGGUUAUAAGUUCAAGCUUCCAUGAUACCUGUGUAUUUGAAUUUCCUCCCCCCCCCCCCACCCUCACUUUGGACAAAAAAAAAAUUUCAGUCUGCCAUAUAUCCAAAAUUCCACUCGAGUAGAAUUGUGCCUGCCAUUUAUUAAUGUUCAGUCUGAGCCAUACUAACGGAAGCUCAAGUUCAUGCUAAAAUACUAUGAUUAAGCUCCGCACAAUUUUUGACCCCAAAAAAAAAAAAAACUCCGCACAAUUGGGCCAAUAACCAACAAAGCAAGCGAAUGUUAACUUGCGUACCAAGAAGACCCGGCCCGCUUCCCUCCGCUUAAAACCCUGAAGACCCGGCCCGCUCCCCUCCGCUUAAAACCCUAACUCUCUCUCUCUCUCUCUCUCUCUCUCUCAGAGUUUCCUUCCACAGCUAGCCAUGGUGAAGCACUACAGGCCUCCCGGCAAGAAAAACGAAGGUAAUGCUGCAAGGUUCAUCACCAGGUCAAAAGCCAUCAAGCAACUUCAAGUCAGUCUACCUCUCUUCAGGAAAGUAUGUAUUCUGAAGGGGAUAUUCCCUCGGGAGCCAAAGAAGAAGGUGAAAGGAAAUCACCAUACUUAUUAUCACUUAAAGGAUGUUUCAUACAUCCAACAUGAACCAUUACUCGAGCGCUUGAGAGAGAUCAGGGCUUAUCAACACAAAGUAAAGAAAGCCGAGGCCAAGAAGAACCCGGAUCGUGCUACUCUUCUCAGACAAAGAAGUCCUGCUUACAAAUUAGACAAAAUUGUUUUGCAGAGGUAUCCGAAAUUCCUUGAUGCUCUUAGAGAUUUGGAUGACUGUCUCACAAUGGUUCACCUCUUUGCCGCCUUACCUGCUAUUGAGGGCUGUAUUGAAGUGAAACGCAUCCAUAACUGUCGGAGGUUGGCUCAUGAAUGGCAGGCUUACAUAUCUCGUACGCAUAGAUUGCGUAAAGUCUUUGUAUCUGUUAAAGGCAUAUAUUAUCAGGCCGAGGUUAAAGGGCAAAAGGUCACAUGGUUGGCUCCUCACCCUUUGCAGCAAGUUGUGACGGAUGAUGAUGACUUCAAUAUCAUGCUAAACUUUUUGGAGUUUUACGAGGCUCUUCUUGCCUUUGCGAAUUGUCAUUUAUAUCAUUCAAUAAAUGUGAAGUAUCCACCCAUUCUUGAUCCUCGAUUGGAAGCUUUAGCAGCAGAUCAUUAUGCUCUAUCAAGGUAUUUCGAUGCAAACUCUCGAUCCUCUGCGUGGGAUCGCCAAGAUUCAAGUUUGUCUGGAUCUGGGAAAGUUGAGAGCCAGCAGAUUGGGCCUUUGGUGGAUGAGUCUGAACCAAGACUUGCCCAACUGCAGCAUCAACUCUCCUCAAAUGAACCUGGUGCAUUGAUGCACCUUGUGGAGGAUGUUCCAGGUGAGGAUGAAGAGGAUAAUAAUACGAGGGAGUGCAAGAAAUUCUUCAAAGAUAUGAAAUUUUUCUUGAACCGUGAGGUUUACAGAGAUUCUCUGCUUUUUGUCAUACCUGCUUUCGGUGGAAUUGUUUCCUGGCAAGGAGAUGGGGCUCCCUUUGAGGAAGAUGAUGACAGCAUCACCCAUCAGAUUAUUGACAGGCCAAGGCAGGAUGGGAAGAUCUGUGGUAGAGAAUAUGUUCACCCACAGUGGGUUUAUGAUUGUGUAAAUGCUCGGAUCAUUUUACCAACUGGGGAUUAUUUGGUGGGAAGGGAUCCUCCUCCACACUUGUCACCUUUUGUUGACAAUGACUCUUUCGAGACCGAAGGUGUUAUUAACCCAGCAGAAGCAGAAGCAGAAGCUGCAAGGGAAAAGCGGAAGAAGAUGAAGGCUCAUGAGAAGCAGCAUCAUCAUGAAUUAAUUAUGGAACUUGAGGGUGUCACAGAUUCAUCAUCUAUCUCGAAUAUAGAUAAUCUGAGCGCUGAUAGGGAAGAAUCUGAUCAUGAUUAUGAGCAAGUUGAGGAGGAUAACAGAAUUAUGUCUGAAAUUGAAUGGUCACGUCGGUUCAGGGGGAGUAUUGAAAGCAUUAGGAUAAACAGGCAACGAAAGAAGCGCCUUGAUGAUGUUAUUAGGCAACGGAGGAGAAACCUUAGAAGAACAUGAAGUAUCUGAACUUCUUUUGUCACGUCGGAUCAGGAGGGUUAUUAAAGAUAAUCACUAUCUAGGAAUUGCAUGAUAUUAAGAGCCCUAUGGUUAAAUUUGGUAGUUUUGCAAUUCAUAUAUAUAAUAACUAUAUAGGAUUUGCUUGAAUAUUCCUUUAUUUACAGCUUUCACUCAUCUAAUCAGAAGCCUUUUUGCUAUAAACUUAUUUAUUAAUAAGAAUUCAAGUGCUUCCUGAAAAAA